AUUUUUUUAUAUUCAUUCUCAAACCUUCGCGUACACACACUUCUAGCUUCUCUCUACAUAAAUCCCUAACAAGCUAGCUACUUUCCCCAACAUCCAUCGCUUAACCAUGGAGUUUCGUACUUUGGAAAUCAAGAUUAUGUCGGCCAAAGAUCUCAAUAAGGUCACUGUUUUCUCCAGGAUGAAUGUUUACGUCGUCGUUUCUAUCUCCGGCGGCAACGAUAAAUCCAAGCAGGUGUCCAAAACUCCCGUGGAUCGCGACGGUGGGGCCAACCCCGCCUGGAAUUUCCCCGUAAAGUUCACCGUCGAUGAGGCCGCCGCUCGUCAGGGCCGUCUCAUGCUCGUUUUCAAGCUCCGUUGCCAGCGCGUUCUCGGGGAUAGGGACGUCGGUGAAGUUAUCGUCCCUGUUAAGGAGCUUCUCGACUCUCCGGCUGCAUCGGCUACGAAGCAGUUCGUGAACUAUCAGGUGAAGAAGCCGUCCGGAAAGCCGAAAGGUCAGCUGACGUUUUGUUAUCAGUUCGGAGAGAAAACUAACGGCCCGCCGCCUAUUGCGGCGGUGGCUGCGAAUAAAGUGGAUGAACCCGUAACGGCCUAUCCGGCUUUUACGCCGGCUUAUCCGGGCUCAAGCAGCUCUGUAUAUUCUCCAGGUCCUACACCACCACCGCGCAAUGGACCGGCAGCUAGCGGAGCAGCCUAUCCGCCGCCGGUAGGGUAUCCUCCAGCCGGAUACGGAUAUCCGCCUCCGCCGGCUGCGGCGGCGUAUGGUAGUGGAUAUCCACAUCCUCCGCCUCCUGCAUACGGAUAUCCACCGCAACCCGGAUACGGAUAUCCAUCGCAAUCCGGAUACGGAUAUCCACCGGUACAACCGCCAAAGAAGAACAAAUUUGGGUUAGGAUUGGGCGCCGGGUUACUAGGUGGAGCGCUGGGAGGAAUGCUGAUCGGAGAUGCGAUUUCGGACGCCGCCGCUUAUGAUGCCGGAUAUGACGACGGUUUUGACGGCGGAUUUGAUUUUUGAUUUUUGAUUUGUCACCCACCGCCUUACGUUUUUGUGUCCAAUGUUCUUUUAAUAAUUUUGUACAUAUAUAUGUGGAUGAUUACAGUGUUCUUGAUUUGCUUUCAUUAUAAA